UAAUGAGUGUCUUUUUGAGCAGGCCUUGGCCUAGAUCUCACAUUUGCAUUAUAUACACUAGCAACCAAAUUAUUGUACCCCGAAAUAUGUCCUAUAACGACUCGCCACCAGUCCAGCAGUAUGCUCUUUGUGCACUGGCGGGAGUAACUGGGUUUUUCUGCGGUGCCUUUGUCCAGCAGGAGGUGUCUAUAAGGGAACUGUUUCGACUGAUCCGGCGGGAUCCUUAUGUCUACCAUCAUCGUCACAGGCUAUAUCCCAUUUUAUCCACUUUCAGGACCGAUCACGAGAGCCGUUUGUGGAACCGUUCCAUAACCUUUAGUGACAAGUUCAGGGAGCUGGUUGUAUCGCCCCUUUUUGAUUUCCUCAGUGCUGCCUUUAUGCUAAAAACCGACUCGGCGACCACUACGGAUCUGCUGGACUUAAUUAAAUACGGCCUGCCCAGCACGGAGAAUUUGUUGGUCCACAAGGACUAUAUUGUCUCGCAGGAUAUGUGCACCAACUCACCGAAGUGGAUCUGUGAGCACUUUCGCGGCGAUUACCAGAAGAUAGAGACAGAUCAGUCCGGCUAUAGCACCCUGAAUCUCCGCUGCAACGACGUCUAUGUCUUGAGCGGUAGCUCGGUGGGAAUCUGUAAGGCCUUUAAGCGUAAGAUAUGGAACGAACUGGAGCAUUAUGUGGUCACCAUGGCACAGGAGUUUGGCUCAGUGUACACCUACACUGGACCGAUAUAUACGCCCUCAAGUCACGAAAACGGCAAAUGGUUCAUGAAGUAUGAGGUCAGUGAUUGGAUUCCCGUACCGGUGCCAUCGCAUUACUUCAAAGUGCUGAUAGUGGAAAGUCAUAUUCCCGGGCUGCGUCCCUUCGUCGAGGGUUUUAUUAUCGAGAACAGCAGGUCCGUGGGCGGAAAGUUGAGCGAUUAUCGGGUCAAUGUGGACGAAAUUGAGCGCUUUACGGGACUGCGAUUUAGCAAGAACCUCCGGCCAGCGGUGCAAAUCGAAAAGAACACAUUUCGGGUAGACACUCGAGCCUGGGCGGGUCGGUUCCAGGAGAUCUCAGAGCCACUUAUUACUCAGCCUUCCAAUAAAGAAAAAUUUUAGCAGCUAGAAAA